CAAACACAGCUAGUGUUGCCUUCACUAGCGCUUUGUUUUGUACACUAGGGGGCGCCACUCGCACAACAAUGCCACUCCAUUUGACGUGAGAGAAAGAUUGAAUGAUUAUGUGAAGUACUCGUUGUCAGAAAUGCCGAUAUACAAAGUGGCAAAACAUUUUGAUACCCACGGUUCUAACGACAAACCCUUGUAGGUGUAGGCCUACUUUGUUUGUUUUGUUAUGUAUUUCUUUGCCGAGCGCUGGGAUAAAAGUUUGCAGCUGAAGCGGUGAAGCGGCGCAGCAGCAGACGCGGUCACAGCAAUACAUUUGCAGCAGCAGCAGCAGGGAGGUGACCAGCAGGAGCGGCGGCGGCAGCUCACUGGUGAAUAGCUCCUCUAUGAACGCCCUUCGGACUGACUUGCCUGUGAAUCACAUUUUCCACCUACAACACUGUUACUUCAGACUGGGCCCCUCCGAAGGAACACAUCUGCAACAAAAGCUUUCUUCCUUUCCGAUAGUUUCAGUGAAGCGGCUCGAUCUGCCGCUGCACGCUCGGCUGGACGCUACAAACACACUACAUGAUCAGCGGCAAACUUUUCUUUGAACUUCAGCACUUUCCACUCAAGUUUUUUUUUUUUAAAUCUUUUGUUUUUUUUGAUGGGAGAUCAUGAGAGAAUAUCGAAAUAACAGUUUAUCUGUCUCGUUUAAUCAGUCCACCCAGAUGGAGCUGUUUAAGUUAGCGAAUCAGUGUUUCCACCCGGAUCUAUGGUAGUUAUUGAUUUAUCUUCCAGCGCAGUGAGCACUGAUCUGCACUGACAUGGAUCUUCAGGUGAUUGUCUGGCUGUUUUACUGCUGUCUGCUGCCCACCGUGUUGUUAACAGCUUGUCUUUUCCGCUACAACAUCCUGUCAUUGGUUUACUUCCUCUACCUGCUGCUGCUGCCAUGGUUCCUGUGUCCCAACAAACACACAAUCCGGGGUCACACAGGACGGUAUAUCAGAGCAGUAUUCUGUACCAGUCUACUAUUUGUACUGUCUCAUGUCUGCUUCCAGACAGUACUAUACACAUAUCCUCCUCUCAACAUCGCCAUAGGUGAUAACUGUUCUCAAUGGGACACUGUAACCAGACAUAUAGGACUGUCCAGGCUUCCCUUGGACAAUCCUUGGAGUGUGAUACGCCUUCUGUGUCCUGACCUGGGUGUGUGCGUGGUUUCCUUGGUAACAGUCAUCCUUUGCAGUCGAUUGGUCAGGAACAGAGAAAUGGUGGCUGCCGCCAACAUUACAUCGCUAGAAGAUGAUCCAGCAGAUGAAACCACAGAUGAUGAGGAGCACAGUGAGGAGGAAGAGGCUUCAGGAGAUGAAGAUGAGGGAGAGAGGUCGUUACCUGGUGACCCUGAAGAGGAGGUUUCCACAGCGACCAGAGCCAAGCAGCUGGCUGAGCGUCUGAAGGCCACAGCCCGUAAAGUCCUGCGGGACCUGGGGAGAAUCUUAGCCAUCAGCCUGCUGGCUCUGGCUGGCAUCACACUGCCAUCCGCCUUCUCAGCCAUCUACUUCCUGCUUUUCAUCGGCGUGUGCACGUGGUGGGCGUGCCACCUUCCCAUCAGUCACCUGGGUUUCAAUGCGCUGUGCGUGAUGGUGGGCUUCUUCACUUCUGGUCACAUGGUUUGCCUGUACUUGUACCAGAGUCUGAUGGCCCAGGCCCUGUUCCCCCCACACAGUCUUUGGGCCAGACUCUUUGGUCUGAAGGAUAUCAUCAUACCAGGAAACUGCUCUGCACCCUAUGACUUCAACCUUAAUGCCGAUCAUGACUGGCCAAUUUAUGUCAACCCAGGAAUACUGUUCCUGCUCUAUAUCACCAUAGUAACUGUUCUCAAGACCGGAUAUCAUGGAACACCUAAACAGAUUUACCAGGCUGAGGGGGAGCAGGACAAAAGAGAAGAGUUAAAGGAGGAGAUGAUGGAGUUAAGGUCAUGGGAUCAACAGAAAGACAACUGUGAAGAUGACACACAGCAGGCUGAGGGGGAGCAGAACAAAAGAGAAGAGUUAAAGGAGGAGAAGGUGGAGUUAAGGUCAUGGAAUCAACAGAAAGACAACUGUGAAGAUGACACACAGCUUAUGCUCCUGUCUGUGGAAACAGAAAGCAGCAGAGGAGAGACUGUGGCUGCAGAGGGUCAGCCGGAUCUGGGUGUUAGUGGCGCCCCCAGUGGCCAACCGAGUGAAAGUCCAUUUUUCCUGUUGGGAAAGGUGGUCAUGCAGCAGAGCUAUGUCUGUGCUCUCAUAGCCAUGAUGGUCUGGAGCAUCACGUACCACAGCUGGCUGACAUUUGUGCUGCUGCUGUGGGCUUGUCUUAUCUGGAUCCUGCGUGCCAGACGACAUGCGGCCACACUGUGCUCUCCAUUCAUCCUGCUCUAUGGCCUGGCUCUUUGCUGUCUGCAGUAUGUCUGGGCCAUGGAGCUUCAGCCUGAACUGCCCACCACUGUGGGAACCAUGAGCCUCAGACAGCUGGGACUGGACAGGGCCCAGUACCCCUGUCUAAGACUGGGGGCAAUGCUUUUGUUCACUUUAACCUUCUGGCUGCUGGUGCGUCAGUCAGUGAAGGAAAACUUCAGCAAAAAGAGGAAGAUGGCUGCACCACUACAGGAAGUCACUACAGGAGAAGAGGGACCUGGUAGUGAAUCGGUGCUGAAGGUUCUGGGAGGCAUGGUGAUGAGCUGUUAUGCCAAAUACUGGAUCUAUGUGUGUGGAGGGAUGUUCAUCAUGGUCUCUUUUGCUGGAAAACUCGUUGGAUACAAAAUUGUCUACAUGCUGCUGUUCCUUAUCUGCCUCUGCCUCUAUCAGGUGUACUAUUCUCUGUGGAGACGCCUGUUGAAGCUCUUCUGGUGGCUUGUUGUGGCCUACACCAUGCUGGUGCUCAUCACCAUCUACACUUACCAGUUUGAAGACUUCCCUGGGUACUGGAGAAACUUCACCGGUUUCACAGAAGAACAGCUGGCAGCAAUCGGUCUGGAGACGUUUGCUCUGUCCGAACUCUUCACCAGCAUUCUGAUCCCUGGCUUCUUCCUGCUGGCCUGCAUUUUGCAGCUACACUACUUCCACAAGCCUUUCAUGAAAAUCACUGACCUGGACCAUGUUACGCCUAUACACAAGAAGAAGAGCAGUGAGAGGACCGAGCAGACUGACUCUGGUAAUGUGGGGGUGAACUUUGAAGAGGAAGACCUGGUGACUAACACUGAUGAGGAAUCUGAAGAUGAAGCGGAACUGAUGCCCAGUAAGUGGGGUCUGGUGACAGACAGGUUGCUGGUUCUGUCCAGAAGAUUCUCUGACAAUCUCACCAGAGUCCAAGUGUUUCUUUGGCGGCUUCUGGAGCUCCACAUCCUCAAGAUGGUGGCCUUCUUCUCGGUUUGGGUUGCACUUGAAGAGCCGUCUGUGAUGAACCUGGUCUUGGUGGUGCUAUGGUCACUGGCGAUGCCCUAUGGCCGCUUCAGGCACAUGGCUUCCUGUCUGUCUACAGUCUGGGUGUGUGUCAUCAUCGUGUGCAAGAUGCUGUACCAGCUCAGUGUCGUCAACCCUGAGGAGUACUCCAGGAACUGUAGCCUGCCUCUGGCAAAUCAAACCAACCUCUUACCAGAGGAGAUGAUGGACUCCUUUCUGUAUAGAGAGCCAGUAGAUCCAGCCAAGUGGUUUGGCAUCAGGAAAGAUGAAACUGUCCUGGGAUACAGCAAGAACCAUUUAAUAGUGCUGAUGCUGUUGGUGUUUGAGGCGACAGUGUAUCGACACCAGGCUCACCACUACCGUCAGCUCCAACGAUCUCCCCCCACCAUCCCAACUCUGUUUCCUGCCGCCACCAGGGACACUCUAGACAAGGGCCUCUUACCCUGCUUCAAGUACCUGCUGAACUGCACUUUCUACAAGUUUGGAUUAGAGAUUUGCUUCCUGAUGACGGUGAACGUGAUUGGCCAGCGAAUGAACUUCUUGGUGAUAAUACAUGGCUGUUGGUUGGUAGCCAUCUUGGUGAGGCGGCGACGGGCAGCUAUUGCCAGAAUCUGGCCCAAAUAUUGCCUUUUCCUGUCCAUCUUCAUGAUCUACCAGUAUCUAUUGUGUGUGGGCAUACCACCUGCUCUCUGCAUAGACUACCCAUGGCGGUGGAACACUCCAGUGUUGAUAAACUCAGCUCUCAUCAAAUGGAUCUACCUGCCUGACUUCUUCACUGUGCCUAACUCCAAAAACCUCAUAGCGGACUUUGUGCUGCUGAUGUGUGCGUCCCAGCAGUGGAAGGUGUUUGAGUGCGAGCACACGGAGGAGUGGAUGGUUCUGGCGGGAGAGAACACAGACGACCCAGAUCCAAUGGAUGGGCGACUGUUUAACCCUGCACCCAACUUUAUCAACUGCAGGAGCUACCUGGACAUGGCUAAAGUUUUGGUGUUUCGUCACCUCUUCUGGUUUGUGCUGUCGGUGGUCUUCAUCACCGGGGCUACCAGGAUCUCUGUGUUUGGACUGGGCUACUUGCUUGCCUGCUUCUUUUUUCUGCUGUUUGGGACCCAGCUAUUGGUCAAACCAUCCAGGACCCGCCUUGCCCUGUGGGACUGUCUCAUCAUCUAUAACGUGGCAGUCAUUAUCUCGAAAAAUAUGUUAUCAAUCCUCGCAUGUGUUUUUGUGUUUGAGAUGCAGAAUGGCUUCUGCUGGGUAAUUCAGCUGUUCAGCCUGGUUUGCACAGUCAAAGGAUACUAUGACCCAAAAGCAGUGAGUGACAAGACGUGCAGCCUCCCAGUAGAAGAAGCCGGGAUCAUCUGGGACAGUAUCUGUUUCCUCUGCUUGUUACUGCAAAGGAGAGUCUUCCUCAGUUUCUACUUCCUGCAUGUGGUGACAGAGCUGCAGGCUUCUGCCAAGCAGGCCUCGAGGGGGUUUGAGCUCUUCAGAGCCAGCAUUGUGAAGAACAUUAAGUUCCACCAACAAGCUGAGAAGAAAUCUCUGUCCCAGCUCAAGAGAUCGAUGCAGAGAAUUCGCUCCAAGCAGCAGAAGUACAGAGAAGGACACAAAACAAGUGGAGACUCCAACAUCAGUCAGACUGUUGAGACCCCUGCAGAUAAGAAGAAGUCCAGGAAGAAAAAGUGGCACCAGCCAUGGCUGGACCAUGCAACAGUGCUGCACUCAGGAGAGUACUACCUGUUUGAAUCAGACAGCGAAGAUGAAGAGGAGCUACAGUCUGAAGAACAGAAACCUCAGAAACAGACUGCCUGUCAGUUGGCUUACCGAGCAUGGGUGACCAGUGUGAAAACAGCUCUGAGAGAACGUCAGAGACGCCAGAGACAGUUGAGGAGGACUGAGAGAAAAGAGGGCGAAGGAAGAGUGGAUUCACAAAAGCAGCCUUUCACCGACAUAGGUUCUGGGGACAAUGAUGUGUUCGAGGACCUUGCUGUUCAGGAGGAGACGGAGGAGCCAGAGGAGCACGAGUCUGGUCAUGGUGAGAUGGUUCAGAGGAUCUUGGACAUCUUGCGCUUUUUAUGGGCAAUAGUUCUGGCCAUGGUGGAUGGACUGACUGAGUGGCUCAACCUGCUGACCAAGCAGUAUAGAGAUACGUCUACUGUUCUGUGCAAUGAGCGUUACUUCAUCGUACACAAGAUACAGCAACGCACCACAACAGCAGACUCCACAGACGACCAGUUGUCUCAGGGCAGUGAGAGUCCCACAUUGGAGACCUGUUUGGAUGAGACUGAUGUGGAAAACUUAACCAGAUACAGCUGCCUGGAGGCGAAUAGUGGAGGUGUGACAGGAGAAUCUACCCCGAGGCCAUGGCGCAACAGCUCUGCCAACCUCUUGUGUCCAGAACCCCAAACCAGCAGCAUGGAGCUGCUAUCAGUCCCAUCCAAACCACAACACAGACACUCCAGAACAGCCAGCGAGCUACUGGGAGACAGGCAGUUCUUCAUUGAGGAGCUGGAACAGAGCAGAGAGUUCUAUAAUGAGCAGAACCGUCUGCUGAAGCUGCUGUUUGCCAUGUACAACCUGCUGGCAGCAAACUCAGAGCUAGUCUGUUAUUUCAUCAUAGUGCUGAACAACGUGGUCAGUGCCUCGGUGAUUUCACUGGUCCUGCCCAUACUGGUGUUCCUGUGGGCCAUGCUGUCUGUUCCAAGGCCGACCAAGAGGUUUUGGAUGACUGCUAUAGUUUACACAGAGGUGAUGGUGGUGGUGAAAUACCUUUUCCAGUUUGGAUUCUUUCCCUGGAACAGUGUUUAUGAGAUGACUCUCAAUGAAGAUAAGCCUUUUUUCCCUCCUCGCAUCCUGGGCCUGGAGAAGACAGACAACUACAUCAGAUAUGAUCUUCUUCAGCUGCUGGUUCUGUUCUUCCACAGAUCCCUGCUCAUGCGUUAUGGCCUGUGGGACCACGAGGGCCCCCUAGAGGAGCAGAGUCCUUCACCAGAACAUUGUAAGGAUGAGGGAAAAACUAGAGAAGGAGAUGAAGAUGGUGGGAGAAAGGAGGGAGGAGGACAAAAGGAGGAAGAGGAGGAGGAAAAACUGAAAAUUACUGACCUGGACAAAACUGAAAAGGAUAAUGUGGACUAUGUUGAACCAAGAACCAGCUCUGAUGCCGCUACCCCACAGCCUUCUGUAGCUGAACCAGCAGCCGCUGGGUCAGAAGAUGGACAGGAAACUCCGCUGAGGCUGAAGGACAUGUUGAGCCCCCCUAGUAGCCAGAGGGAAGAUAAGAUUGAGGGUGACAAUGAGCAGGUGACAGAGGAGGUCCCAAAGAAAAGUAGCAGUAUCCGCUUCCGCAAGAAACCUAAACAACCCAAACAACAGCGCAGCAAAGUAGUGUCUGCUCAAGGGGAGCCCACAGCUGAAACCGCAGAUUCCUGUAAAGAACCAGUGAAGAAGAAGCAGAAAGGCCGGAGGACAGAAGCAGCUAGUCAAAGAUUGCUAGCUGUAGGACGCAAGAUAAAACACGUCUGCGUCUCUGGGGUUCAGAGUGUUUACAAGCCGACUAAGGGCUUCUUCGCUGGUAUUCUCCAUGCUGAGUACCGGGCUGCCACUGAUGUCUAUGCGCUCAUGUUCCUGACCGAUGUCAUUGACUUCAUUAUCAUCGUUUUUGGCUUUUGGGCUUUUGGGAAACACAGUGCAGCCGCUGAUAUAGCCUCAACCCUGUCAGAGGACCAGGUUCCUGAGGCCUUCCUGGUGAUGCUGCUCAUCCAGUUCAGCACCAUGAUCAUUGACAGAGCCUUGUACCUACGCAAGGCCGUCUUGGGAAAACUCAUCUUCCAGGUGACCCUUGUGUUUGGAAUCCACCUGUGGAUGUUCUUCAUCCUGCCUGCUGUCACCGAAAGGAUGUUCAAUCAGAACUUUGUGGCCCAGCUCUGGUACUUUGUCAAGUGCAUUUACUUUGGCCUGUCAGCCUAUCAAAUCCGCUGCGGAUAUCCCACUCGUAUCCUUGGCAACUUCCUGACAAAGAAAUACAACCACCUCAACCUGUUUCUCUUCCAAGGGUUUCGCCUGGUGCCAUUUCUGGUGGAGCUACGAGCAGUGAUGGACUGGGUUUGGACUGACACCACUCUGUCUCUAUCAAAUUGGAUGUGUGUAGAGGACAUUUAUGCCAACAUCUUCAUCAUUAAAUGCAGCCGUGAGACAGAGAAGAAAUACCCACAGCCUAAAGGGCAAAAGAAGAAGAAGAUAGUGAAAUAUGGCAUGGGAGGACUCAUCAUCUUCUUCUUGAUUUGCAUCAUCUGGUUUCCCCUUCUCUUCAUUUCACUGGUGAGAUCAGUGGUGGGUGUGGUCAACCACCCCAUCGAUGUCACAGUGACCGUCAAGUUGGGAGGAUACGAGCCCCUGUUCACCAUGAGUGUGCAGCAGCAGUACAUCCGACCCUUCGUGGAGACUGAAUAUGGCGAACUGACCGAAAAGUUUGGAGACAACGCGGUAGCCAUGCAGUUCAUCACUCUCUACAGUUAUGAGGACAUCGUGACAGCCAUGAUCGAAGGUAGUUCAGGAUCGGUGUGGAGGAUCAGCCCCCCCAGCAGACAGGAAGUCAUUAAAGAACUACUGGGAAGUCCUGCUGACCUAACAUUGCGCCUGGCCUGGAAUUUCCAGAGGGACCUAGGUAAAGGAGGGACAGUGGAACACACCUUUGACAAACACUCUAUAGACCUGGAACCUGGAAACCCAGUCAGAGCAGAUCUGGCCUCAUUACUGGUUGGCAAUCGCACCGGGCCUGUGCAUGUUCCUAAUAUGUUCCCUCCCUACAUUCGUGCCCCCAAUGGAGCUGAAGCCAAACCAGUCAGCCAGCUACAUAAAGGUGAUGAAGAUGGUUACCUGAAUAUAACCCUGUCCCUGAUGAGUGACAGGUCACUGAACGGCAGUGGGAACCAGGAGUGGUGGGAUAUUGCCAUUGCGGGCUGUGUCCCCUCCUCCUGUGGGGUUCUACCCAUGGUCAUUUUCAAUGACAAAGUCAGUCCACCAAGCUUGGGUUUCCUAGCUGGUUAUGGUAUCAUGGGUCUGUAUGUGUCUGUGGUCUUAGUCAUUGGGAAGUUUGUGAGGGGUUUCUUCAGUGAGAUAUCCCACUCCAUCAUGUUUGAGGAGUUGCCCUGUGUGGACCGCAUCCUGAAGCUCUGCACAGACAUCUUUCUGGUGCGUGAAACAGGAGAGCUGGAGCUGGAAGAGGAACUUUACUCCAAAUUGAUCUUCCUCUAUCGCUCUCCAGAGACUAUGAUAAAAUGGACCAGGGACAUCCACAGCCGAGAUCAAGACGAACACUGACCGACUCAUCAUGUUUAAUUGUGAUAGAACACAGUGAUUUCUGCAAAAAUUUCUGCACUGUGUCCAGGGGACAGCACAUGAAAGCCUCUUGAGAGCACUCUGUAGCAGAGUACACACCAAUUUAAAGCAAUGGACAUACAUGAAAGGAAAUGUACACUAAUAGGCAGACUGUGUGAAACAUCUCCUGUCGCUGAUGCAUGUUUGCAGCUGCCUGAGCACUUUCAUAAAACCACCUCACACUACAGACUAUCGAGAGUGGUAUUGCAGUCCCACUGUGGGUGUGCUUAAUGGCAGCUAAGGUCUGCCAUGCAGGAUUGGACAAAAUGACGCUGGAAGGUAAAGUCAGUGGUCAAACUGAGCUGUGUUUGUCAGAGGUUCUAGGUCAAGCACAAAAGACACUUCAUUCGCUGUGCGGCUGAAACCUCAAGCUAAUUGUAGGUUGAGUCGUCUGCAGUUACUGUAUCAGUAUGCUGAUUGAUUUGAAAACAUGCCAUGCUGUCAAUCAAACAGAUUUUUUUAUCAUUAAUGCUUGUAAAAGUAACAUGUGUGCGGUAGUGAUGUUUCACAAAACAGGGCCUAAUCAGAAGUAGCCACAUUCUGAGUUUGGACUCGUAAUCAGAAGCAGCUCUUUUAGUUCUAGGCCAUCACUGGUCCCAAGUUUGGGGACGACAGAUAAAACUGGUGGGAGAGCUGUGGAUCAGGCUUUUGGAGGACUAUAAGGCUAGAUUGUUGAUGAGGUUCCUACUGGUUGCCUUAAGUUGACACUUUAAAGUUCAGCUUCAAUUCAAAAAUGUUUUUUAAUACCUUAAAAGAUAUAUAUAUAUAUAUAUAUGCAGGAGAGCAUGCACAUAUCUAAAAUUUUGUGUAGUAGCAACUUUUAGCAACUAAAAGUGUUAUGUGCUGGGCACAUCAAGUUACUGGUUGCUCCUUUAAUCAUUUCAUCAUCACAACACCCUCAGACCAAUGCUCGAUUUGAAUGUAUCCUGGUAAAAUGUUAUAUGAAGGGAAACUGGAAAGUCAUAUUGAACCAUAAAAUUUUUUUUCAGUUUAAAAGUUCAGUUGAUAAGAUUAGGAAGACAGUGGACUGCGGUCAUUUUUGCUUAGGAAGGUUCCUAACUGAGUCAAAUGAUGUUUUUCAUCAUUUGGAAGUACGACAGCGGCAGGUAUGGUAAGAGCUGGUCGAUUUUUCUAAAUGUUAAGGAUUCCUUUUGCAUUUUUAUUUAUUUAAUUUUAUUUAAUCUCUUUUUUUCAAGAGACCUGAGAACAAGAAACAUCUACAAGAACACAAUCAGCAAACAGAAACACACAAAACAUUGAGCUAAUAAAAAAGACUGGUUUGAGCGUGGUUUGCAGCUCAUUCCAUUUAAAACAUGCACAAUACCUGAACCCAGUCCUGCUAAUAUCAGUGCAUGCAGAAGGGAUAUCAAAGGGUAAUUACUGGAUGGUGUGGUGUAGUUUUAAAUGAGAGAAGAGAUGUGAGGUGAUUCAGAAGCUUCAGCAGUAGAAUUUUAUAAAGCAUAAGCUACACUGGAUUAUCCCUUACAAAAGAAAGGAGAUGAUGAUGUCCCACAAUUCCUUGUGGCCCCAGUGUAAGUGCAUUCACAUUCUCUCAGCAGCAAGGUUGUCUUUUCCUCAGUUCUUCUGAAUUCUUCUUCACAUCUUUGUUUGACCUCAUGAUGUUUUCCAUCAAGGUCAAGGAAAAGUGUAUGGGAUAGAAUUUUUUUGACCAUUCAGUCACAGCCUUUAGAAUACUGCUUCCAUGUCCCUCCUCCUCACUCUGCUGUACUUCAGCUUGAUUUAAGCCAUAUAUUUAAAUAUUUUUAAAAUCAGCUGAUUCAGUAUUGGCUCUGAGUACUUUCUGAUCCCAUAGCUCUUUCUACCUCUAGAAAACUUGCUUUUCUCCCACUUGUACUGUUACUUUUUACCUUCCUUUUUGUCUGUGUUCUUCUGUUUUUGUCUUUGUCUUGUAGCCCGUUGUGGGUACCUUUACGUGGGGUAAAUGGGCUGUUUCUUUUCGGUUUUCAGCUUCUGUGUUUGCAAAGCUCCUCCUGAAGCCAUGCGAUGGUAAUAUUGAGCUUGACUAAGUGAGAGCAUUGCCUGGGGAGGGGUGACAUACUAGCCUGUGCAUGAGCAGUGACUAACACUGUGUUAAAUACUCCUCCUCCUACUUCUCCUGGCUCUGAUUGGUUGCUUUCAUUUGGGCACAGCAGAUUUUUGCAUAUUCCAUUUUGGAGCAGAAGCCAGAGGAACUUGAUUUUUCCACAAGAUUAUCUGUAUCAUGUGCUGCUGUACAGAUAUACUGACAGUUUCAGCAAAAUGACAAAAGGUUAGUUUUAUAAAUGUUACCUACUCGUCUUGGUAUCAAAAGUGCAUAAUCUUUAUAAGAAACUGAAACAGUCCUCUAGAACCAAAAAUUUGGUCCCAGACCCAUCAACAGAUAUUGCUGAUGAACUGACUGAUGGACUGGACUCACUCUUGACUGAUUUUGCUGAGGCUUUCCCAUGAGCCCGUUCUCAGCCUUCCAAUUGAAUUUUUGUAUUCUUUCCUGUUAAGGCCUGUUUUUCCCUCUUCAUAGGGACUACAUGACAUGAAGAAAAUUUCCAAUGUUCAACUAACUUAUUCGAUAUUGUGAUAUAACAAAUGUUUGUACUUUGUGUAUCUGGUUUGAUGUGCUGCAUAUGGAGAACAGCAAUGCCUGCUAGGUAUGUGAGAUCAUUCACAAAAACUGGCUUAUGGUUUGAACAGAUGAAAGCCGACUUACAGAUGAAAGAUGACUUAGUAUCUCAAAAAUAAUGAUCUGUAAAUAAAAUAAUCAAUUAUUUUUAUUUUGAGAGACUUAUUUUGAUAAAGUUUCUCAUUAUAAUGACUUACAGGAUUUUCUUUCAUCACAAUGGCAGAAAUGGGCUGCUAUUGGAAUGAUUGUGCUACACUACAGUGAUGCUGUUGGUGACAUAGUAUGUGACUGAAAUGGCAGUGACAGCAGCAGCAUGGCUACUGUAUAAUACAGAUACAAACAAACUGAUACUUUCCAAUCUGAUGUAGCCCAGGAACAGUUCACCUUUUCAUACCAUCAGUCAGAGAUUUAUUGUGUUGCUUGGUUUGUCUUGGUGGUGGUUUGUGUAGUUCCAAAUAAGUUUUGAAUUAUGAACCCUUAAGGCACAUUAUCAAAUGACUUAGAAAUCAAAGUCUUUAUCAUUUACCUGUCAAAAUUUUACAUGGCUCAAUUUCCUAAAUACAUUUCUAUUCAACUAAAUGACACCUAGACAGUCAAUCAAUAGGUGCCCAUGGCUUGUUCUUGUCCUGGGGCACCCUAGAGGGUUAAUCCAGCCAUGCUCUAAGCAGCAUGCACAGCUUUUUCUUUACUACCCAUAACACCAGCACAGUUGAUCUCACACUACCAAAUCACAACCUUGUACUUGUUUUCAGGGGAAAAGCACAUGCCCAGCAAAACUAUUUUUAAGCUUACAUAGAAAGACAAAUAUAUUUGAAUUUCUGUUUCCUGGUACUUCCUUCUUCAUAUUUGCUGCUGGACUCUCAUAGUAAUCUUCAUACUUUAAAAUAAAUCUUGAUUCUGGAACAAAUAAUUACCUUGUUACGAUGGAAAAUAUAAUGUAAUAAACAUGGACUAAA